UGAAGAUGUCGGCAGAUAUACCCUUAAAUAUUAAUAUCAAGGAGCCUCGAUGGGAUCAAAGCACUUUCAUUGGACGAGCCAGUCACUUCUUUACUGUAACAGACCCCCGGAAUAUUUUGUUAUCUGAUGCCCAGCUGGAAAAUGCAAGAAGAAUUGUUCAUGAUUACAGGCAAGGUAUUGUAGCACCUGGCUUGACAGAAGAUGACUUGUGGAGAGCAAAAUACAUCUAUGAUUCAGCCUUUCACCCAGACACUGGUGAAAAGAUGGUCUUGAUUGGCCGAAUGUCAGCUCAGGUACCCAUGAACAUGACUAUCACAGGUUGUAUGAUGACCUUUUAUAGAACGACACCAGCAGUGGUUUUCUGGCAGUGGAUUAACCAGUCCUUCAAUGCUAUAGUAAAUUACACCAACAGGAGCGGUGAUGCCCCAAUUACUGUCAGCCAGCUGGGAACAGCCUAUGUUUCUGCCACCACGGGUGCUGUUGCAACAGCUUUAGGACUUAAUGCGCUGACAAAGCAUGUCUCACCUCUUAUAGGACGGUUUGUUCCUUUUGCUGCUGUUGCUGCUGCAAACUGCAUUAAUAUUCCACUGAUGAGACAAAGGGAACUCAAGUUUGGAAUCCCUGUCACGGAUGAGAACGGGAACAGACUGGGUGAAUCCACAAAAGCAGCUCAGCAGGCAAUUACCCAGGUGGUUAUUUCAAGGAUUCUUAUGGCUGCUCCUGGCAUGGCGAUUCCUCCCUUUAUAAUGAAUACAUUGGAGAAGAGAGCCUUUUUAAAGAGAUUCCCUUGGAUGAGCGCUCCCAUUCAAGUUGGAUUAGUUGGCUUCUGCCUUGUGUUUGCAACACCCCUGUGCUGCGCACUGUUUCCUCAGAAAAGUUCUAUGUCUGUAACACACUUGGAGCCAGAAUUGCAAGCCAAGAUCCGAGAAAACAGCCCUGAACUAGAACGUGUAUACGUUAAUAAAGGAUUAUAAUACAAGGAAGGGAAAAUACCUUUCAAGGAGGAUCUUAUGAACUUAUUUUCAAAUUAUGUGCCAACAUACCUAAAGACAAGAAGUCACUUUUUACAUGUUGGUUUGUUAAACAACUUCAAUCAUCAUCUGCAUUAUAGUUGAAGUCCUCGUUGUAGUGUUUAAAUUAUAAAAGGUCAUUUUGUCCACUUUGGUAUUAAAAGUUUAACCAUA